AUGCUAAGAAGCAGAGAGAGAAGGCAAGUGUAUCUACUUGACUAUGUGGAGGAGUACUGCUUGGACACAGGCUUCGGUGAGCUCGUUGUUCAGCAAUGCCUACAGAUCCCAGUCUCUCUUGGAGUAUCUCUGCUUGAGGCUACUGGCCUGUACAAAGGGUGGAGAAAGAUCUCAUCCAAAGGUGAUUCAGCCUCCAACCUGCGAGCAAGGCGUUUCUCAAUUCUCAGUCAUCGAUUACUCACUGUCCUCAGUUCGGCGAACGGAGAAAUGGAUCAAAGUGCACUGCCGGCGUUUCUUCCACGACCAAUACUAUUACUGCUUCUCACGAUUCUUUCUGCAACAGCUGUUACUGCUUUAUACGGUCCAUCCUCUCCCGUCCUUCAGCUAAAUCCUUCCAACUUCAAGUCUAAGGUCCUUGAUUCUAAUGGCAUUGUUUUAGUGGAGUUGGUAGGGCAACUAAUUGUAGAAUGUUACCUUCUCAAGUGUUUCCCAGUUCCUUAUGCUCUCUUCUUAAAUGUCGUGGCAACAGUUGCUGCUUUUAUUGGGCAACACAUAGUGAGGAGGUUGAUUGUGGUGUUAGGAAGAGCCUCAUUGAUCAUCUUCAUCCUGGCAUUCAUGGCAUUCACAAUUGACAUACCAAUAAUUGAUUAUGACUUGGCAGUGCUUAUCCAGCCAAUGCUAAUGCUUGGAAUUAGUGUUGGAUUUAAGAUGAUCAUGGCUGCUGGAAUUAUUGAUCCAACCAAGGUGGUGAGAUGUUGUUUAAAGCGUACUGCACGCGAUGUAAGGAGGCUUACUGGAAGAAAGUUUGAAGACAAAGAAGUGCAAAGGGACAUGAAACUUGUUCCUUACAAAAUUGUUAACAAGGAUGAACAACCAUAUAUACAAGUCAAGAUCAAAGAUGGUGAAACCAAAGUUUCUUUUUCUAGCAUACUUCAAGCUACUAAGGAUGCAGGCAUCAUUACUGGAUUGAACUCUUUUGUAUCUAAGCUGGGCAUGUAG